CAAAAAUGUCGUACCGCGUGUUUUCACGCGUCGAUCCCCAUGUGCCAUCGACAUCCACAGCUCCACAGCGUCGUUUUCAAGAAAACUUGCAAAAAUUCAAGCGAUUUUUUCCGCCAAACGCACCACCAACACUCUGGGAAGUUUGCUCCUCGAAACAACGCAGCAAAUCAUUGAAAAACACGUUUCAAACGGAAGUACGUGCACUACGAGGACUUAAUUUUACAGUAUUGCUGAAUCCGUACAAAAACUAUCUCAAUGAUCUCACAAAUCUAUCCGGUUUCACCUUCGAUGAUCUUUGUCAAGCACUUCGAUUCUUUGCAUUUUAUAGAAAACAGCCAGUUUUGAAGUCAAAUAUGGAAGAUGCUAACGAAUUAUUUCGAUUAAUUGCAAGUUGCAUCAUUUAUUCAAAUGAUAACUGGAGGGCGUCCAUCGAUAAAUCAACACUAGUGGAUACGCUGUCAAUGAACAUUUUGGAGAAGCAGAGGCUUAAGAAUCUGAAACAAGAAUCAUCUGAACAAAAAGAUCCAAUAUACCCACCACUAUUCCAAGAUGAUGAGCUACCUUCUGUUCCAAUACAAAUUGGCAGAUUGAAAGACAGAGAAAAAGUACCAAUUCCUCCGCCUCCUUGUAGAAAUGAUUUUUCGAUGCGACAAUUUAAUCCGUUGGAAGAUGAACAUUUACGAUCAAUGCACCUGUGGAAUCAUGUUGGGUGUAAUGAUGCAAAAUUCAAUGGGCCAUUUGAGAGAACUAUCAAAAUGAUGUCUAAGAAUAAUGUUGCGAUUCGCUCCAAAGAUCGACGAUUGAGCGAUGUGGAAUAUUACGGAGACAAUGAAGAUUUACCAUCCACACAUAUCAGUUUUAGAUUAGAUUCUGUGAUGCAAUUGAUUAACUUUGAUUUCCCCAAAAUUGAAGAUGAUGGAUAUUUCUCCAAAGAAUGUCUGGAUAGUGCAUGGUAUCUCUACGAGAAUUAUCAAACUGCUCUUCAUGAAUGCACAACUGCUUUCGCAGUUAUCCGACCUCCAUCUGGACGUACAAUCAAGCCGGGAUUCGUUGAAGAUGGCCUAACUACAGACGAAUGUUCAGAAUUUCAUAUGAUGGGACGACAUAUUCAUGGAUUUUUCCAAGUAUGGAGGGAAGAGGAUCGUGGAUGGAGAGAAUCAAAUGGAAAAUGGGUCCCACGGCGAUAUUUGGUGGAUAUCUACAAUCAUAUUAUGUUUCCAUUAUUCGUAAAAUGGGAACUUUGGCCGUCAACAUUGAAAUGGGCUUUUGAUAAGUACAGCUUGUAUGGAUUAAGACUAAUGUCAAUGAUUAGAAGACAUCCACAAGAAUUGUUGAAUGCUGGAGAGAACUUAUUUUCGAGGUAUCCAUCGCAUUUGUUGGAAUCGAAUAGAUAUGAUAUGAGCACUACGAAAGGACGGAAUCAGUAUUUAUCAGCAAUUCAAAUGGAGAAUAAUCGAGUUGUGGACAAGCAUAUGCACAGUUCGGCUUACAAGCUUCUUAUCGAAGAGGACGGAAGAAGGAGAAAGAGGAAACCGAAGGAUGAAGCUCUACUCGGAGUUGCUGCAAAAGUACGAACACCUCGAAAAGUUCUUGAGCCACCUCUAUUUGCUCCAACUCGAUUUAUUUCUUCAUCAACUCCAAAACAACGCGCCCUGCUUGUUCAAAAAGAGAAUUUGGAGAAAACAAUGAUUAAUCAAGUGCCACCAGUUGUAAAUACACCACCAUCCCCACAACAGACUGCUUCACAACUCAAAAAGACGCCAACUUCGGCUACAAAACGUCAUUUACCGGAAAUUGAGCAAGAAUUGAAGUCGGAAUCUGUCCCAGCUCCACCACCAACCAAGAAAAUGUCAAUUAUAGCUGACAGUUGGGAUGAUCAUGUUGGUAAUUCGAUGGAAGAAGAACAUGUAGAUGAGAAGGAUUCGGAGAAAAUGGAAGAUUCAGAAGGAAGACAGAAUGUUUGGGUUCCACAGGAUCGAGGAAAAGAAUAUGCACCUGAACAAUAUGCGCGAGAUAUUAUCGAACAUUAUAUUCCUGCUGCUCGAGAUCAUCCACCUCAACCACAACAACCACCACCUCCACUACCAACGCCGAAGCCUCCACGAAGACGGAAAUCCGGUCAGAAAACUGAUCAAACGACUCCAUCAUCAGACGCCGAAGCUUCAUCCGAUCCUGCACCGCCUGUUCCUGCUGCUCCAGUGGCUCCUGUUGUUCCAAUUGUUCCAAUUGUUCCAGUUCAUCCUGUACCUUUGCCAAACGGAAGUGUAAAUACUCCAAAAGUGAAGACGAUUGCAAAGACAACAGCACGAGUACUGUAUUCCAUUAAACCUCAAAUACCACCAAUUGCGAACAAAACUGUGUAUCCUGUCAAGAAGUUGACACCUUCUGUAGUUCCGUCUCCAAUGAUUUUAAAUGGAAAUACUGCAACUGCAAGUCCAUCGAAAAAUGCAGCAUCUGUAGUUGUCAGAAAUGCAUAUACAUUUUCAUUACAGCAAAAAGCUCCAUAUUAUCCAGCUGGAAUGCGUCCGAAACCAACUCAAAAUGGAAUUGAAACACCUCCGACAGGAGCACAAUCUUUAAUGCGUGCAGCCUUCUAUAGUGAGAGUCAUCCUACACGAAGUCCCCUCGUCCCGUAUGGUUUUGUUCCUCCAGUUGCCACAUCAUCUACUUUUGUACCUGCUGCAACAAUACCAUCACCUGCUAGCCGAGCAAUAGCUCAUCAGAAGCAAAUGCUCUUAAAUACGGAAACGUGUCGACGCGUUAUGCCGUUUAAUAUUCAAAUGGCAUUCAAACCACGUCGUUGGGAUCCUCUUCCGAAAUCUUCUGGUGUUUUGGCUCAUUCAAAUUCAACAAUACCAUAUGUUCAGCGAGUCCCCAACAACUCAACACAAUCAGACUUUCGGCCGAGAAGCUUCAGUCAAAAUAGUGUUGCUUCCCCGGCUCCUGCUCCUGUUCCAAAUGCAAUAAAGAGAAGAGAAGUAGGGAAUUUAAAAUCUCGGCAGUAUGUGCCAUGGAUCGCAAAUAGCAGGGCGUUGGUGGCAGCGGCGAUGGCAACGAUGGAGGAGACGGCUGAAAAGAUGUCUUCGAGCCCGUUACUAUCGUCACAGGCUCCGAUGACAACUUUGAUGCCAACUCCUCCUCCUCCGGCUCCGGCUCCUGCUCAAGCAUCUGCACAAUCAACAUCAGCAACUCCAGCAUUGGUGGAUACAAUAUCGGCUGGUUCAACGACUACAGAAACAACUACAGGCGAUUCAAAUCAGUCAAAUCCUCCUUUACGGACGUACACAUCACACAUUCGAAAAACUCCUGGAACAACACUGACACCUGAAGAAAUCGGCGACGCGAUUCGAACUGAAAGUCAAAGAUUUCAAGAGGAUGGUGAUGAAGGGCCAACAGUGAAAAGCUUCCUAAUGAACAUCUACAAAUGAUGGGAUUUUUCUUUCAUUAUUGAUUUAUUGUUAAUUAUUUAUUCCCCACUCCCUUUAAAAACUAAUUUUUGUAUCACUGUUAUAACUCCGGUGUAUAUUUGUUUCCUCUUCCAUCCCGUGUUCUUCCACUAUUCUCUCAUACUUAUGAUCUUCAGUUUAUUUCGACUCUUUCUUGGUAUUUCACUAUUACGGCUUCCAUUUUAUUGUGUUGUUUUCUUUUAUUAUUAUCAUUCAUAUGUUAUCAGCAUAUUUAAAUAAAUGUGCAUUUAAAUUAAAGUCCCGUCUUAGUUAGUUAGCCUUCUUUGUUUGAGUUUUUGCCUGAUCCUUUGCCAAAUUGUACUUUUUGCCUCCAUUCUUAAGAUAGUGCU